GUGAGAGUGGCCGCAAACUCGAACUGGAGGCAGGGGGCAGAGACCCGGCCUUCCCGCUCUAGGGAGACGUUGAGGCCCGGAGGCUCAGUCUGUUGCGUCGGAAUUUCCGCUAUUCGCGUGUACGUGUGUGUGCGGGGAAUCGUGUUCCUCGAUCCCUGCUGGCGCGUGGGAAUCCCGGAACCCCGCGGUGUGCUUUCCUGGAAAACUCCAUGUGCUUUCCUUCUGCGAACCACCCGCUCCCGUGCGCUCUUGCUCGGCUGCCAGCAGUGCCGCAGCAGCGCUCCCUGUGCGACUCGGGAUGCCUUUCCCAAGGCGUACCCGACAUGCUGGUGGCACCCAGGAAUUUUCUGUUACCCAGUCAUCAUGCCCUGUCAACCUGCACGCUAGUCUUUGCCCUGCUGCUUGCUUCUUGGUUAAUCUUUCUGCCUUCCAGAGCCUUAGUUUUACCUUUGUGAAAAAGGAGGGUGUAAGGGCCCUUCCAAGUCCCACUUCUGAGGUUUUUAAGUCUGGACUCUCCUAGACGUGUUCCAACACUUGGGGAAGGAAACUUAGGGAAUAGAAAUCCUGUGGCUCCCUAAGGGAGGAAUUGAAGAUUGAAGAGGAGAAAAGUUUGGUGUCAUUAAAAAGGCCCUCGGUUGAGCGUUAGACACCUGCGGUUCUUUUGUGGCCCAUGCAUCUCCUUUUUUCUGUAAAGCCUCCAGGCUUCCUCCAGAGGAAGAGGGCUGGGCAUUCUUUGUCCAAAGGGCUUUCCCUUUCCCUUUGGGGUGGUGGUGGGGUGGCACGGGGAGCUGCCUCUGUGCAUCUGCGCGGUGCCCCCUCCCUAGGCCACCCCCCAUGAUGCCCCUGUCCCGCUGGCUGAGGUCCGCGGGGGUCUUCUUGCUGCCAGGCCCCUGGUGGGCGCCCCGGGAGAGGUGCUUGGGUCUCUUCCGGCGGCCCUCCCUGGUGUACGGGUGCUCAGUGCUGGGGGCCUGGCACGGUGCCCGCUGCUGGUGCCAAGCGUGGACAGAGGAGCCUCGAUCACUUCCCUCUUCCAGAAUGAACAGAGACCAGAAAUCAGGUGUUUCUGAACAAGAGAAGCAGGAUUUCAUCCAGCACUUCCCCCACAUUGUCAAGUUGUUGACUGAAGAUGAGCUGGGGCAUCCCGAGAUAGGGGAUGCCAUCUCCCGCCUCAAGGAGAACCUGGAAUACAACGUGAUCGGAGGCAAAUACAAUCGUGGAAUGACGGUGGUGGCGGCCUUCCGGGAGCUGGCUGAGCCCAGGAAACAGGAUGCAGAGAGUAUCACACGGGCCAUCACUGUGGGCUGGUGUGUGGAACUGCUCCAGGCUUUCCUCCUGGUGGCAGAUGACGUCAUGGAUUCAUCUAUAACUCGUCGGGGACAGCCCUGCUGGUAUAAGAAGCCGGGCAUAGGUCUGGACGCCGUGAAUGACUGUCUGCUCCUGGAGGCGGUCAUCUACCGCCUGUUGAAGCUCUACUGCCGGAAGCUGCCCUGUUACAUGAACCUCGUCGAGCUCUUCCUGCAGACUACCUAUGAGACUGAAAUUGGGCAGACCCUGGACCUCAUAACGGCCCCACAGAACAAUGUGGAUCUUGCCAGAUUCACUGAAAAGAGGUACAAAUCCAUCGUCAAGUACAAGACUGCCUUCUACUCCUUCUACCUUCCUGUUGCCGCUGCCAUGUACCUGGCGGGCAUUGACGGGGAGAAGGAGCACGAUAAUGCCAAGAAGAUCCUCAUGGAGAUGGGAGAGUUCUUUCAGAUCCAGGAUGAUUACCUGGACCUCUUUGGGGACCCCAGUGUGACGGGCAAGAUUGGCACUGACAUUGAGGACAACAAGUGCAGCUGGCUGGUGGUCCAGUGCCUGCAGCGGGCCUCUCCAGAGCAGCGCCGGAUCCUCCAGGAAAAUUACGGGCAGAAAGAUGCCAAGAAGGUGGCUCGGGUGAAGGCGCUCUACGAGGAAAUGGGUAUUCCCGCCAUAUACACACAGCAUGAGGAAGACAGUUACAAUCGCCUUGUGAGCCUUAUCGAGCAGUAUGCCAAGCCCAUGCCGGCGACUGUCUUCCUGGGGCUGGCACAGAAGAUCUACAAGCGCCAAAAAUAGUGUGGAGGCGCUCAAUAAAUUGUCUGACCUCUU